AUGGCUCGCUCUUCCCGAGGUCGUUCUGCAGCUCCCCGUGCCGCCGCACCCCCACCACAGUCUCGCAGUGCUCACACUGCUGCUGCCCCGGCCGGACACGCUCCAGCGCAAGCUCACCAUGCCCCAGCACCCCCUGCAGCAGCACCCACCGCUCAACCUCAGCAACCCGGAAUGAUUGCCCAAAUGGCUGCUACGGCAGGUUCGGUAGCUAUCGGUUCAACCAUUGGCCAUGGCCUCUCGAACAUGCUUUUCGGUGGUAGCAGCCACGCAGCAGCGCCAGCAGAACAAGCUGUACCUACUCAGCAACAACAGAUGGCGCCGACUUGCGAGAUCCAGGCUAAAGAGUUCACAAAGUGCCUCGACAAAGCUGACCUUCCUUCUUGCACAUGGUAUCUCGAGCAACUGAAGGCUUGUCAAGCGGCUGCGGCUCCUUAUUAG